UCCCGAUGGACCCCUGCGAAACCGCCAUUUUGGAGUCUUCUCUCAGGAUCUCCUACCGGCUUUUCGUGCCGCUGUCGCCGCUCCCCGCGGCUUUGCCGGGCAGGAUGAAUGUGAUAGACCACGUGCGAGACAUGGCAGCCGCAGGGCUGCACUCCAACGUGCGGCUCCUGAGCAGCUUGUUACUUACAAUGAGUAAUAACAACCCUGAGUUAUUCUCCCCAUCUCAGAAGUACCAGCUUUUGGUGUAUCAUGCAGAUGCUCUCUUUCAUGAUAAGGAAUAUCGGAAUGCCGUGAGUAAGUACACCAUGGCUUUGCAGCAGAAGAAAGCCUUAAGUAAAACUUCAAAAGUGAGACCUUCAACUGGAAAUUCUGCAUCCACUCCACAGAGUCAGUGUCUUCCAUCUGAAAUUGAAGUGAAGUACAAGAUGGCAGAGUGUUACACAAUGCUAAAGCAAGAUAAAGAUGCCAUUGCUAUACUUGACGGGAUCCCUUCAAGACAGAGAACUCCCAAAAUAAACAUGAUGCUGGCAAACUUGUACAAGAAGGCUGGUCAGGAGCGCCCUUCAGUCACCAGCUACAAGGAAGUGCUGAGGCAGUGUCCGUUGGCCCUCGAUGCUAUUCUUGGUUUGCUGUCUCUCUCUGUAAAAGGUGCAGAGGUGGCGUCGAUGACAAUGAACGUGAUCCAGACUGUGCCUAACUUGGAUUGGCUCUCUGUGUGGAUCAAAGCAUAUGCUUUUGUGCAUACUGGGGACAACUCGAGAGCAAUCAAUACCAUCUGUUCACUAGAGAAAAAGUCGUUGUUGCGUGAUAACGUGGAUCUACUGGGGAGCUUAGCAGACCUGUACUUCAGAGCUGGAGACAAUAAAAACUCUGUCCUCAAAUUUGAACAAGCACAGAUGUUGGAUCCUUAUCUGAUAAAAGGAAUGGAUAUAUAUGGCUACCUCCUGGCACGGGAAGGGCGGCUGGAGGAUGUGGAGAAUCUUGGCUGCCGCCUUUUCAAUAUUUCUGAUCAACAUGCAGAACCCUGGGUGGUCUCUGGGUGCCAUAGCUUCUACAGUAAACGCUACUCUCGUGCCCUCUAUUUAGGAGCCAAGGCCAUUCAGCUGAACAGCAAUAGUGUUCAAGCUUUGUUGCUUAAGGGAGCAGCACUCAGAAACAUGGGCAGAGUCCAAGAAGCAAUAAUCCACUUUCGAGAGGCUAUACGGCUUGCGCCUUGUCGCCUAGACUGUUACGAAGGUCUCAUUGAAUGUUACUUAGCCUCCAACAGUAUUCGUGAAGCAAUGGUGAUGGCUAACAACGUUUACAAAACUCUAGGAGCAAAUGCACAGACCCUUACCCUUUUAGCCACCGUUUGUCUCGAAGACCCAGUAACACAGGAGAAAGCCAAAACUUUGUUAGAUAAAGCCCUCAACCAAAGGCCAGAUUACAUUAAGGCUGUGGUGAAAAAAGCGGAACUACUUAGCAGAGAACAGAAAUACGAAGAUGGAAUUGCUUUGCUGAGGAAUGCACUAGCUAAUCAGAGUGACUGUGUCCUGCAUCGGAUCCUGGGAGAUUUCCUUGUAGCUGUCAAUGAGUAUCAGGAAGCAAUGGACCAGUAUAGUAUAGCACUAAGUUUGGACCCCAAUGACCAGAAGUCUCUAGAGGGGAUGCAGAAGAUGGAGAAGGAGGAGAGUCCCACGGAUGCCACUCAGGAGGAGGAUGUGGACGACAUGGAAGGGAGUGGGGAAGAAGGGGACCUGGAGGGCAGCGACAGUGAGGCGGCCCAGUGGGCUGACCAGGAGCAGUGGUUCGGCAUGCAGUGAGGCAGGCGGCAGCUCGUGGCCACACUGGCCUGCCCUGCUCCGAGCAUUUCCGUGGACUGAAAGAACCGUAGGAGCCCGCUCUCUGGGAGGACAAUGACUCAGCAUGUGAUUGCAGCAGGGGUUUCUGCCCCUGGCUCCAUAUUUCUAGUAGUGACUUUGUUUUUUUAAACUGAGCCCAACCCACCUUCCAUAUAUCUCCAUCCUCCCCUGCUCCAGGCAGGGAGGACCGAGCGAGCCCUCUGGGAGGCCCACAGAUGUGCUGUGACUUCUGGGACAGAGUGCUUUUUAUAUAACUAAUUUCUAAACCUGAAUGCGAGGAAUAGACAGAGCUUUGUCUGUGAUGUUGUGGAUGGGUCACCCAGAGCCAGAGUACCAUCUCCUGAGUCGGACAGCGGCAUGGAUCGGCCCUUUUAAGGAGGAGGGAGGGUUUCCUGUCCCAGAAAUCAUCCUCCUGGGCUGUCCAAACUUCCUGGUAACCUCGCUUCCUUCUGCAAUGUUAGUAAUGCCUUAAGCUGACAGCUGCUAUUUUGCAGAACAGUUUUCCUAUUUGCUAAUUUGGUAACUUGCCUAUGAGCCCGGGCCGGAUCUGAGAAACAGGUGUGACCUAGAGCAUGAACAGAGGUGCACCUGAGUUAAUUAACAAAUAAAACUUUUUUGUACAGGAAUGGUGUUGGGUUGAUCGGAAUGGAAGCCCGUUAUCAAUUUUUUUUAUUACAAUGCAUUGAUACAACCCUAGAAUCAUUUGCCAUAAGUAGUCUCCCUUUCUUCCCAGAGUGUGGGGAGCUGGUAGGAUUGGGAAUCUCAGGAACACUGAGCUGGUCCGUCCAUCUGUGUGUUUUGGUAAAUGUCUUGAGGGGAGAGUCUUUGGCCAGAUUUUGGGCUGUUUCUGGCUGGCUGGCCUGAGUGCAAGGGCAGUGUCUGGUUUCGGCAUCUGUGGGGUCAUCAGAGGGCCUAAUCCCAAAUUCCCAUUAAAACAAAAUUAGUCAAAAGUAGUGCAAAAUGUGAUUUUUGAUGUAAGUGGAAAGUUCUAAAGUGUAAAAUCAGCGGAAAUGUAUAGUGGUUUUGGAGCUCAGAACAUCUGAUCAUUGAAAUUUUAAACGCACGGAAAGUUACUGUUAAAAGGAUCUUUCAGUAUGAGAACCAAAGCCUGGGCAGCAUCAUUCGAUAGAGCGGUUUCUAAAGAGUCCACCAGGCAGGUUGGGGUCAUGGCCUGAGUGCUCACUCGGGGUGCAGCCUCCUGCCCUUCCUCAGCAGCCUCUGAGCAGGCAUUACUUACCAGUCAGCGCGGGGAG